CAAAUAGCGGUGCUUUUGGCUGUUGAUUGAUUAGAUCAUGUGUUUGGGCUUUUCAGGCUUUCCAUUUUUGUUUGGUUUUGCAUUGUUUUGAUGUUUUUCUUCUACAGCUCAGCGGCUAGCAAAAAGAGAGAUGUGUUGGUCUGAUUUCUUCUUCUUGAACAACUUCAUCCUGUAAAGUUAUACUCGAGCUCUAGUUACUGGUUAUGAGACUGAUCUGGUGCUUAUUCUGGGUUCAAGCUGCUCUUUGUCAGUCUUCAUAUGAAGACAUCUUUUAUGAUAUUCUUCCCAAAAGACUACAGACUACAAAUGUUGCAAUAGCUGCUAGCACAAGAUUAUAUGCCAACAGAUAUGUUGAUGUCAAAGACUUGGUUGAAGACUUGAUUGGUGAUCCUCAUUAUGUGAACAGUUUUGAUUUCAGCAAGCCGUAUGACUAUGCUCAUCAAGAUUAUAACGCAAGUGCAAGUAAAUCAACUUCAGAGUUGUCAAAUGAAAUUGAAAAGGGUCUUUACACCAAGUUGUUGGAAAUAUAUCAAAGUUUCCAAAGAAUAUAUUCCAUACUUGGAGAUAUGACCAUUGAUGACUUUGUUGCUAUAUAUGAUUAUAUUUAUGGGGAUAUACCACCAGAUGAAGUCAUAACUACUCUGGGUGAUGUCGAUAAAGAGCCCGAUGAACUAUUUGAAAACAUGUUUGAGUUUAACAAUGGGUUUGAACCUAAAUUUGAACAAAUUUAUCCGCUGAUUCCAUUUGUUGAUGUUGAUGAUUAUCAAGAACUGAGCCCUGGAUCAACUACUGGUGAUGAUGAGGUUCAAGCACAGUUAUUGUUGACGUUGAUAAAGAUUCCAUUGCUUAUCAUCAAGAUUAUUCUAAAGAUCAUUUGGUUACUCAUUGAAUUGAAGAAAUAUAUUGAAUUGAUAGAGACGAAAAUCAUCCUAUACAUUAUCAAAAUCAUCCAAAAGAUUUGCAAAAUCAUUAUGAGAAUCAAAAAAAAGAUAUCAAAAAUCGUCAAAGACUUUAAAAACUUAUACAUUCCUUAUCUUAUUGCUAAAAAGAUUAAGGCAAUCAUUUUACUCAUAAUCAAAAAGUUGAGAAUUUUGUGUUGGGAAUUACAAGAUAUUCUUUAUAGAUAUAAAUGGAAGACAAUUUUCUUGAUCAAGCAUGCAGAGAAGAAAUUCCUUUUGUAUGCAAUCUUCUUCAAAGAAUGCAUCUAUGGGAAGUUGGACAAACCUGAAAAGAAGGAUAAAAUGCUUGAAGAUUUUGUGAACUAUGAUGACGAUUACUAUGAUUGGGAUGAU